GAUAACACUUACAUUGUUGCACUGCUUGAAAGGAACACUACUGUAUCAUGACCGAAUCACCCGACAUCAAAAUGCUCUCAGAUAAAGGUCCAGAUGGAGCCGGCGAAGAGGGUUCGAAAGACACCGACUUCUACUUUCAGUACUAUUCCAGCUUACAAUCCCAGGCCAACAUGCUCGGGGAUACCGCUCGUACGGAAGCUUACCGGAGGGCGAUCUUGGGGAAUGCAAAGGUGGCCUUUCAAGGGAAACAGGUGAUGGACCUCGGAGCAGGCUCCGGUAUUCUGAGUUAUAUGGCCGCCCAAGCAGGUGCCGAACAGGUCGUCGCGGUCGAAGCAAGCUCGAUGGCCGAAAAGAUGUCGCAGCUCAUCUCCCUAUCCGAGCAAUCCGACCUGAACCCCCACCUCCGAUCCAUCCGCGUCGUUCGAGGGAAGAUCGAGACCCCUUCCACGCAGGCCGAGAUCGGCUCCUAUCUGAGUGGAGACGGAGAAGCUGAUGGGAAGGUGGACACGAUCGUCUCUGAACCCAUCGGAGUGUUGCUUUUCCACGAAAGGAUGGUGGAAUCUUUCCUAAUGGCCCGUGAUCUUUAUCUCAAACCUAACGGGACCCUAUACCCAUGCAGCGGGAAGCUGUGGUUCGUGCCCUUGGAAGACAAGGCACUCUGGACAGAGACCGAGACCAAGGCGUCGUUCUUCAAUCAACGACUGUUUGGGACGGAUUUCAGUCCACUGUUGGAUGCCGCUCGGGAAGAAGUGUUCUCUCAACCUGUCGUGGGUCCUAUCAACCCAGCGACCCUGUUUGGGGAAGCCGAAUGUCCCCGAAAUUUCGAUUUCUACACGUUGACGCAAAAGGAACUGGAAAAAUUCGAGGUCGAGGUGGAAUGGGACGUCAGUAAGGUCGGGUUGAUCCAUGGGAUCGCAUCAUGGUUCGACCUAUCCUUCCUCCCACCUCGCGGUACCGAACCCCUCUCAUCGAGCCCUGAAAACGACGAAAACUCCGAGAACGAGCUCCUUAGAGCCGCUUGGGCCGCGGUCCCUACCCCAGCGGAGAUGGCUCAACAGGCCGCUGUUUAUAGUUAUUACGGGACGGGUGGAGAGAAUGUUCUGGAUCCUCCUGAAUUGCCUGAGGCGCCUGAGGAUGGAUGGGAAGUGGAGUUGGAUACCGGUCCAUUUGCACAACGCACACACUGGCAGCAAUGCCGUCUACUGCUCUCCGAACCUCUGGCUGUCAACCGUGGUUCGAGAGUACACGCCACCAUCACUUUUACGGCUCACGAAUCCAGAUCGUAUUAUAUUGACCUCGACAUGUGGGUCGUACCCGAAAAUAACAUCAACGGUAUGGCGCAACAUGUCGACGAGCGGACGAGGAGACGGAUGAGGUGGAACUUGGCACAACAGACUCUAAAUUACAGUUAUGCGGAAGAAUCGGCCGUGGCGGGACAAGCCGCGGCAGCUUGGAAGGGAGUGACUUCGGCGUAUUCCUGAGGAUAGCCUCGGCUUUGCUAUACAAUACUUACGCGAACUUGUGCAUGUAACAUCGAUAGAGGUCGAGCACGAAUGCAUGUGUAGAUGAUAUAGUUUCAGAAUCGCCGCCUCUUCUGAGGUUCGCGAUCACGUGAAAAAA